CACUGGCGUACACACAGCUGCACUUGACAAUCUGCUGCAGGCUUGCCAGCCGGCCGGCCACUGAUUCUGAGCUGUGAAACAGAAACAAGAGUCUGUGAGAGAAAGGAGCUAGAAAAAGAAGUUGAAGAAUCCUGAAGAAAGCAACUUUGGUUAAAGAUCCUUGAAGAGCACCUGUCACUUGCUCAAUGAUUGGGUGAUACGGAUCCAAGGCCUGGAAGUAACUGAAGAGAUCCAACUAAAACUUCUUCCAGCACUGUCUAUGGGUACGGAAUGACCUAUUGCACUGUCCACAGCCUCUCCGAACUCCCUCACCACCCAUGAAACGCUUUAGCAGCUUGAGAGGGACCAAAAAACGCAAGGACCAAGAGGGGCGGACAGGGAGACGGCAGUCAGAGCCCCACGGCCUCCUGGGAACCACCUCUGGUAUCUCCUCAUCACCCACCACUCCAACACAACUGACCAAGCAGACUUCGGCGUUUCUUCUGGAAGUCAGUCGGAAUGACACGGUGCACCGUUCCUCCUCCUCCCCCCUCGACACGGGACAGCACCACAGCCUGCCUGCCGCAAAACCACCGCCUUGUCCCUGCUCGGCACCUAUAUCUACCUCACGUGCGGUCCACGGUUUAUCUGAAGACAUGCUGGAGAAACUCGAUCUCGAGGAUGAAGCUGUUGAACAAUCUGAGAGCGACAUUUACAUGCGGUUUAUGAAGUCACAUAAGUGCUAUGACAUCGUCCCUACCAGCUCCAAGCUCGUGGUCUUUGACACAUCGCUGCAGGUAAAAAAGGCCUUUUUUGCCUUAGUGGCCAAUGGGGUCCGAGCCGCCCCUCUGUGGGAGACCAAGAAACAGAGUUUUGUGGGCAUGCUAACCAUCACAGACUUCAUCAACAUACUUCACAGAUACUACAAAUCACCCAUGGUACAAAUCUAUGAGCUUGAGGAGCAUAAAAUUGAGACGUGGAGAGAGCUCUAUCUACAAGAAACAUUUAAGCCUUUAGUGAACAUAUCUCCAGAUGCAAGCAUAUUUGAUGCUGUGUAUUCACUGAUCAAAAACAAGAUCCACCGGUUACCCGUCAUCGACCCUGUCAGUGGAAAUGCACUUUACAUUUUGACGCACAAAAGGAUCCUGAAAUUCCUUCAGCUGUUUGUAGUGUGUGAGAUGCCAAAGCCCGCCUUUAUGAAGCAGAAACUGGAGGAGCUGAGCAUUGGGACCUACAGCAACAUUGCCUUCAUCCACCCCGACACGCCAAUCAUCAAAGCACUCAGCAUCUUUGUGGAGAGGAGAGUGUCAGCACUGCCUGUGGUGGAUGAGUCAGGUUUGAUUCAAAAGAAAAGAGACCGAUUUUGUGUAUUCCAAUACUCUUACACUCAUGAAAUUACUUAUUUAAAACUUUUACCUGUGUAUUUUUGCCUUUUAGGAAAAGUUGUAGAUAUUUAUUCCAAAUUUGAUGUCAUUAAUCUUGCUGCUGAAAAGAUGUACAACAACCUGGACAUUAGCGUGACACAGGCACUGAUGCACAGGUCACAGUACUUUGAAGGGGUCAUGAAGUGCAACAGAUUUGAGACACUGGAAACGAUAGUAGAUCGGAUAGUCAAGGCUGAGGUGCACAGACUGGUGGUGGUGGAUGAGAAAGGCAGCAUCGUGGGCAUCGUCUCUCUGUCGGACAUCCUCCAGGCACUUGUUCUCAACCCCGCAGGUAUGACCCGGAAGGAGAGCGAAGCAGAGAUGGAGUGAUGCUUGCGGAGAUUGCUGGGUCAUGUGAUGUUGCUGUAAGAGACUGAAGUGGAAGCGGAGACCACAAGUUUGGGCCACAUCUCAGAAUGAAAGAGUGGAACCAGGGAACUUGACCUAGAUGUGCGCUGUUAGAUCACAAAUGAAGAGUUACACGGACUGGUUAUUUGGUCUGUUAUCUGAUGUCUAGAUGGACGUAUUGGCCGUAUGGGGCGAUUAAGGUGGAUCAUCUCUUAUUCAGAAGGAUACUGUGAACUCUACCUAUUAUAUCACACUAAGGUUCUGCACGCACACUAUGAUAACUAUACCUUUAGCUAGAACUAACACUAUGCCAUCUGGUGUUUGAAUAGUGGUCUGCACACAGACUACGAACUGUACCAUAAUCGCCUCUGUUGGAGGGGGGUGUCUGUGCGUUCGCAGGGCAUUCAGUAAUAAUCUCAGUAUUCAGUGCAUGUUAUGACUGUUUGUUCCUCGUGUAUAUACGAUUUUCGGCUUGUGGCGUAUGAGCCAGUUCACAUAUUUGUACUUUUGACUACUCCUGAAUUUAGAAACUCGUUUAGUCUUUCUGCGCCACAGUUCCUUUGUAAACGCAGACAGAAAUGCUUUCCUCUGUGUGUCUAUGGUGCCUUCUGUCCAGCAGUUAUCGCCCACUACUGGUUGCCAAUAGAACAAGAUUAAUUGAAUGUUUAAAUAUAUCAAAGUGAAUGUUACAGUUGUU